AAAACCAGAAAUCAAUUAUUCCUUAACUUUCAAAAUUCGAAGCAAGCGAAAAGGAUGGAAUGCGUGAAUUGCGAUUGUACAGUCAAAACGAUGGACAAUUUGGAUCAAGCGAUUCGGGCACUGCUGCAACGUGGCAAACACGUGAAUCGAAUGAUGGACAACGAGAAGCUGAUUAGAGAGGCUCGACGCAUGGAGGAGGUCCAGCAGUUGAAGAUGCAAAUCCCCAAGCCGGUUGACAAGAAGCCCCGUCCACCGCCUUCGGAAAAUAACCUGAAGCUGAUUUCGUGCGAGGAAACAUGCAUGGAUGAGACACUGAAAAACUCGUCGAAGCCACGUAUGAUCUACAAUAAGCAACUCGGACGCGCCGAAUCGAUUGAUUUCGAUGUUCCGUCCCUGUCUUACGAGAGUUCGGAAAAGUGCGCCGGUGAAACGAGUCCGUAUACUUCGGCGUCGGUGUCGAAUUCUAAAAAGGCGACGUCUUCCUCGAAUUUCACAAAGUCGGAGACCACUACAAUUACUGAGUUGACAACUUCUACGUUCAAAAAAUCUAAUAAUUCAUCAGGUGGCGCUCUUGUUCUGGACAAUCAUUACUUGAUUAAUAAUGACGAUGGAACUGUGAAGAAAUUGCCAAUGAAGGUCUAUGUGAAACAACGUCUCGAAGAUGGAUCUCUUGAUGUUCAACUUGUAUUUUUCGACGAAAACUCGCAAAAAGUGAUGGAUAUCUCCAUGCUUGUGAAUGGAAAAAAGAUUAGAAACGUUCAAUUUUGUGGAAAAGACGCCAAGCUUGUGAACUAGAACUUCUUAUUGUAUUUUUUGUCAAAUAAAGAGAAAGCGGCGUUUU